GCCCGCUAACUGUUCUCUCACUGCUGUCGCACUCGCCUCGAUUCUUCCGCGCAUUCCAGCCUCGCAUAGCAAAUUGAAUUCACCUCACAAAAUACCCUCUAUAACCACAUUUCCGAACCCGCCCAUUCACAAUGGCUGUCGACGCUGCUACCCCCUCUUCGCCCGUCCCGAUCCCCGAAUUGACCAAGAUCGCCACUGAGGCCUGCGACACCGCCCUCAAUGAAGUGACCGAAUACGAGCACACCAAAGUCGGCGAAUGGAACUCCCAGAUCAUUAACACCAUCCUCAAAUCCCUCAUCACCGCCACCGCGCCCUCCACUCCCUCCACCCCGCCCCCCUACCGCUUCACCGUGAACAGCACCAUCGUGCAACAAGGUCUGAUCGACAAGUCCGCCGCCGCUGACGGCGCCGCCAGCAACACCGGCAAGCGCGGGAUGCACUCGGCCUCCGGAGCGUUCUGGGAUGUGAACCGCGACGGAAUGUGGACGUUUAAGUAUCCUGGUGCGGAGGAGCGGGGGCUCGAUGUUGUGGUUAGUGUGACGUGGUUUGCGUUGGGUUAGGUGCUGUUGUUGUGAUUGGGGGGAGGGGUUAAAUAGAGUAAUGAAUGAGAGGGUGUUUAUGAGAUUUUUCUUUCUUUCUUUCUCUAUUGUUUUCAUGAUCGGGUUGGGGGUGAGUGGGAGGUGAAUUGUACUUUGAGUUGGGUGGUGUUGUGUUUUAUGAGGGUAAAUCAAGCAGUAGUUGUUAUUGGGAAAUACCAAGUCAAACAUUUCGUUGGUUCUUGGUUCUUUGCUGACCAUCUAGAUAUUUACGAUGGUGUCCCAUGGACAAUUACAUCCCUACAGAACAAUCGAUGAACUUAUCU